AGCAUAUACCACCUGUUUAUGAUGCGGAAAGAUGUGGCAAUAACGUGUACCAUGUCACCUUUCUCGAUCUUAGAGUAUAAGAUAUCGAGUGGAUGAUAUCAUUGUAAAUAAAGAAGGGAGACGGUCUCGAUGUUAGAGUAUUAGAUAUUCAGUGGAUAAUAUCACUAUAAAUAAAGAGUGGAGACGGGCAUUAGUGAGGAAGACAGAAGGCCAGGCUGAAGCUCUACAUUUCAGGCAUGGAAGGGUUGGAGGUGAGAGGUCUUUUACUGGUGUGGAUUUUGGGGUUGAGUUUUGUAACCGCCACCUCUGCAACCUCAGUCAUUGUCAUUGGUGCCGGAAUGUCAGGUAUCACAGCUGCAAAGACAUUAUCUGAAGCAGGAAUCAAAGAUUUCUUGAUAUUAGAGGCCACUAAUAGGAUUGGUGGUCGCAUGUGCAAGACCACAUUUCAAGGGCUCAAUGUGGAGAUUGGAGCAAAUUGGGUUGAAGGUGUAAAUGGAAAACAAAUGAACCCCAUUUGGGACCUCGCCCAGAAACUAAAGCUUCGUAACUUCCAGUCCGACUAUGAUAACGUCACUGCCAAUAUCUAUACGCAUCACGGUGGUCUUUAUCCACAUGCGGUCGCUACGGUGGCUUUUGAUGUAGCCGAUGAGAGAUCAAACUAUACCACGGCACUUUCUACCUCUAUGUCAAGAAACAAAGAAGAAGACAUCUCCAUAUUAGCAUCCCAAAGGCUAUGUAACAAAGUUCCUACAAGCCCACUGGACAUGGCCAUCGACUACUACACCUACGACUAUGAGUUUGCUGAGCCACCAAGGAUUACAAGUUUACAAAACACGGAGCCCCUUCCAACUUUUGCUAAUUUUGGAGAAGAUCUCAACUUUGUAGCUGACACCCGAGGCUAUGAAAGCAUGGUCUAUCACAUUGCUCAUCAAUUUCUCACCACCUCCAAACACACGGCAAAUAUAAGUGAUCCACGUCUUUUGCUAAAUAAGGUUGUGAGGGAGAUCCGUUACUCACGUAGUGGAGUAAUCGUCAAAACGGAGGACGGAUCCAUGUACAGAGCAAAAUAUGCAAUGGUUUCGGUGAGCAUUGGUGUCCUCCAGACAAAUCUCAUCAAAUUUCAUCCUGACUUGCCUCAUUGGAAGCUACUAGCACUCUACCAAUUUAACAUGGCCGUCUACACUAAGAUCCUUCUCAAGUUCCCCUACAAAUUCUGGCCGACUGGACCCGGGACCGAAUUUUUUAUAUAUGCUGACGAGAAACGUGGGUAUUAUCCUAUAUGGCAGCAAAUGGAGAACAAUUACCCUGGAUCGAACGUUCUUCUAGUGACAGUCACAGAUGAUGAGUCAAGAAGGAUAGAGCAACAAUCAGAUGAAGAGACAAAAGCUGAAGCCAUGGAGGUGUUGAGAAACAUGUUUGGGAAAAACAUCCCUGAUGCAAAAGCUAUACUUGUUCCUCGAUGGUGGUCAAAUCGGUUUUACAAGGGUAGUUUCUCUAAUUGGCCAAUUGGGGUCAGCCGUUUUGAGUAUGAUCAAAUAAGGGCACCAGUUGGCAACGUUUACUUCACUGGGGAGCAUACUAGUGAGCAUUACAAUGGUUAUGUUCAUGGAGCCUAUUUAUCUGGGAUCGAUUCGGCACAGAUGCUUGUAGAUUGCAUUAAGAAAGGAAACUGUGAGCCCAAGUUUGAGGGAAGACCUAAGAAGUGAGGCAACAAGGGUGCAUGUGUGGGAUCAUGCUGCUCCGAGAUUCAGAAGGAAAGAGAGAUGUGCAGGUAGUCAUGGCUGAAGAAAAUGAAUUUCAGUUGAAAAAGAACGGAGCAAGACACACGCAUGUCAAAAACCCUAGUUGUCUUUGCUAUUCUCUAUAACAUUAUCUCUAUUAGAUAGGAAUUGUGUGCAAAUGUUUGGUCAUGGGAGUGUUACACGACACGAGUGUUGUGUCUAGUAUAAGAGUUACGGAUUAGUGUGAUAAGACAUUAAUACGGUUAUUAUUUAAAAUAAGACCUUCACACCGUUACUAUUUAAAUAAAA